AUGGACAAUAUAGAUUUGGAGGAUAAUAAGUUGACUUUAGUCGAUGAUGCAGCUUAUUAUAUACCAAAUUUUAUAACUGAAGAACAGGAAACAUAUAUAAUGGAUAAAGUAAAUAGUGCCCCAAAACCGAAAUGGUGUCAAUUGAAAAAUAGAAGACUUCAAAAUUGGGGGGGUAUACCUCAUGCCAAAGGACUCAUACCCGAAACAAUUCCUGAUUGGUUACAAGGAUUUGUUGAUAGAGUAGAAAGUCUACAAGUAUUUCCUAGGACUAACAGACCAAACCAUGUGUUAAUUAAUGAAUACUUAUCAGGACAAGGAAUCAUGCCACAUUUAGAUGGAAGUUUAUUUUUCCCUACUAUAAGUACUAUUAACUGUGGAUCUCAUACUGUACUGAAUUUUUAUAAGCCACUUAAGACUGACAUUGAAGUUGUAUCAAGUGAAAAAGUAUACAGUUUAUUAUUGCAAAGACGAAGUUUACUCAUUUUAAAGGAUAAAAUGUAUACCGAAUAUAUGCACGGUAUUGAGGAGAUUACCAAUGAUAUCAUUGACGAUAAAAUAUCCAAUAUAACAUUUUGUGGAUCAAAUAUACAAAAUGGAAUUCCAUUGACAAGAAAUAAACGUAUUUCAUUAACUAUUAGAAAUGUACCUAGGGUAUCAAAAUUCAAUUUGAACUCGUUGGUGAUAAAAAAAUAA